UGACCCUGGAGGAACUUCUGACGAGUGGCGCAGAAGUGUAGGCCGGCAGGGGAGCAGGGCCUGGGCCCAUGGCCUCACCGAGCCAGACCCGCUCUGGGAAGAGCACCCAGUUGUCCCUCCCAGGCUGCCGAAGACCCACUGACAAUGGACAAGAGGGAGGAGGAUGACAGUGAGGAGGCCUGGCUGCAGCUCCGGCCAGUGGAGCCCUUGCCCUCCCAGUGCUGUGGCAGUGGCUGCUCACCCUGUGUGUUCGACCUCUAUCACCGAGACCUGGCAAGGUGGGAGGCAGCCCGAGCCAGCAAGAACAGGAGCCUGCUGAGUGGGGAGCAGUCACGGAGCUGCUCCCCGAAGCUGAGCCCUGAGACCUUCCUAGCCUUCCGCAUCAGUGCCAUAGACAAACUCACUAAGGAUACUUAUCACGUGCGCUUCACACUGCCUGGAAACAGCCCACUUGGCCUGCGGCCUGGCCAGCACCUCAUCCUACGGGGGAAAGUAGAUGACUUAGAAAUUCAGAGAGCCUAUACUCCCAUCAGUCCUGCCAACGCAGAAGGUUACUUUGAAGUUUUAAUCAAGUGCUACCCGACUGGGCUGAUGGCCCGGUAUGUCGAGUCCUGGAGAGCAGGAGACACAGCUUUCUGGCGAGGACCUUUCGGAGGCUUCAUUUAUAAGCCAAACCAGCACGGUGAGCUCCUCAUGUUGGCUGCAGGCACUGGCCUGGCCCCCAUGGUGCCCAUCCUCCAGAGCAUCACAGACAACGCAGACGAUGAGACCUUCGUCACCCUGGUCAGCUGCUUCAAGACCUUUGAGGACAUCUAUCUGAAAACCUUCCUGCAGGAGCAGGCCCAUUUCUGGAACAUCCGUACCUUCUUUGUCCUCAGCCAGGAGAACUUCCCAGAGCAGCUUCCCUGGAGUUACCGGGAGAAAACCCAUUUUGGCCGCCUGGCCCAGGACCUGAUUGAAGAGCUGGUCAGCUCCUGCCGGAGAAAGCCAUUUGCAUUGGUCUGUGGCUCAGCUGAGUUUACCAAGGACAUGGCCAGGUGCUUGCUAUGUGCAGGUGUGACCGAGGACUCCUACUUCCUCUUCUAACCCUGGCCUCCCUCCCAAAAUCCAGGCCAGGGGCCUGCCUCUGUGACAUGAGAAGAAGCACAGGCUGGAAUCAGAAGACAUGGAGUCCAGGCCUAGCAGCACUGCUGACAUUUCAGUGACCCUGGUGAAAGUCUUUACCACGCAUGCCUCCAUUUCUCAUCUACCCUGUGAGAUUACUGACUCCCUCAGAUAGGCAUACUGCUGUGAGCCCCUGGGAGGGGAGUAACCAGCCUGGAGUCAGGGAGGAUGCCCUAGAGGAAGCCGGACCUAUGCUGAGUGCUAGGGCUGUAGGCAUUCACAGAAGGAAGGACGGGAGGAGCUCCCCUGGUUCUUCAGGUGAGAGGGUUGUGGGGAGGGGGGGCCAGAGCCUCCCUCUGGGCCCUGCUGUGUAAUGCCUAUACCAAAGCCUGUUUUCCCUGGAAAGUGUGCGUCUCUGCUAUGGCCUCAGUGCUGGCUCUGAUGAGGUGCUUGUUAGUGAUUAGGAAAUGACCAAGGGGGCAGCUCAGAGAUCUUUGGAGGAGGAACUUGCCUUAUGUACCUCCAGUGCCACGAACCUGACACACACGGUCUUAGGUUCCGUGACCUGACCAUGUUCUCAGAGGGAGGUGGGGUCCUGGAUUACCUUUAUUUUGUAUUGGUCCCCCAGCCUUUCCUCUUCCGAAAGGCUUUACUCUCAGUCUCCCAUCCCUGGCUUCAGAGGCUGGCCUAGAGUCCUUUCCUCAACAAAAGAGGCAUGGAAGCAAACGCCCCUGCCUCCUGCAGGCAGCCAGCUCAGCCCUGCCUUCAGCUCAGGCGCCCUGGUGACAGUUGCUAUGGAGAUCUAAAGAUAGAGCAGGAGUCAGGAGACCUGGGUCCUUCUCCCUGCUCUGCCAACUGAGCGGCUGCUGACUCCAUCCACACCCGACUCCCGUUUCCCCCCACCCCUUCCAUCCUGCAUGGGGCAUACCUUCCCCAUGGAACCCUGCACUCCUGGGCAGCACGCUGUAGUUAAUGAAUUCUGCUUUUCACAGCCUGGGCCCCAGUGUGCCAUAUCAGCUCAGGCUGGCUACAAGCACUCCCAGAAUCAGAAUAUCAAGCCAUGGAAUCUCAGAAUCAAGGAACCAUAGAAUCUUAAAGUUAGAGUUUUACAGCAUAGAAUCAUCGGCCUCAUCAUAUCAGAGAUUAAAAUUAAGGCCUCCAGAAAGCAUCCAGGCUAACAGACUCAUAUAAAUGGGGAAACCAAGGCCCUGUGACAUUAAGUGACUUGCCCAAGUGGGCAAGUGCCCCGCAUGGCAGGGCCAGUGCCAGAACCCCUGUGCUGAGUUCUGUACCAGUUGUUUUCAAAUGGUUCCACAGGACUCAAGGGUUCCUGGCAUGGCAGCAGUAAAGGGGUGGCCAGAUGGAUUUCCAGGGCUCCCUUCAACCAGAGAAGCUCUAUUUUUAUUCCAUUUAUAUAUUGGGGCUUGGAGCCAUUUUCAUUUGCAAAAUGGUUUUUUUGCACCACCCAAAAAGUUGCAACAAAUCUCCAUGCUGUGCUUCAAUAAAUAAUCAUGACAAGCAGCUGGGGGAUGGUGCCAAAGGUUUCAUACCAUGUCCCCGGGCAGAAUUCCAUGGUCCCAUAGAUGUCGGGAAUAUUGCCUGUGACCCUCACCAAGAAUCGUAUGCACAUGGGCAUGGUAAAGGCUUUAAAAAAAAAAACAGCUUUUUUCAUUUGAUUUAACCCAGAGUUUCCCAAACUUAUUUACAGAACUUUUCUAUGCACUAAAAUCUUGGAGCCAGCAUUCCAUGGACUGUGCUUUUAGAAACGCUGACCUGUUGCACAGCCUCUUUUAAGCAUAGUGUCACAAGAGGGAAGGCCCUGCACUGAGCGUCAGAGGCCCCGGGCAGGCCAUGUGACUCCUUCACCUCACCUGUGACUUAAGCAAGACGCUUUUCCUCUCUCAGGGCCUGUGACAUCUGGGCACCUUCUCCCACUCUUCCUCUCCCUCAGUGUGUCCUGUUGAUUCUGUUCACCAGUGUUCCCUGAGGUCCUGCUAUGAGCCGGACUCCGUUCCCAGCACCAAGGAAUCAGCAGUGAACAAGGCAGACACGGUGCUGGUGCGCUCCAUCAGGGAGCACAUAGCCCGGCAGGGAGGGCUACAAUCAAACUUGUGGUCCUAAAAGGGUUGAAUGUUCUAAACAGUAAAGCGCAGAGUGUGAGGAGCGUGGAUGGCAAGGGCUUUUAGCCUAGCCGAGGGGAAGGAGGCCUUCCAAGGCAGUGCUCACACUCAUAGUGCUGAGGGUACCUAGUGAUGGGGUGCAGAGUGGGGGCAUUCUUGGAUGUCUGUCUUUGUUCUGUUUUAGCUAUUUCAUGUUUAGGUAUUCAAUAAGACCACUCAGUGAUCACCAACAGCCCCUCUGCCCUAGAAUGUCCCUCCCCUUCUCACUCCAUGUGGGACCCAUGGAGUCUGGAUACUGACAGGGUCUCCUUUGGGACACUGGUGAGGACCCAGCCAUGCCCUUGGUUCCAGGACACCAAAAGGGCUCAUAUUGUCCAGAAACUUGGGAGCUCGUGGCUGGGUGCUGUGCCUCGAAGGUGACUGAGCCCAAGAAGAGGGCCAGUUGGGAUGCGUGAAGACAGACCUCUUUGAGUUGGCAGGGAGGUUCCUGUCAGCUGGCCCAUUGCUCUCAGCCUUCCUGAUGACGCGCCUGCUGCGUAUCAGGGGAGGUGUGCUGUUGGGGUGACGGUGACGGAAAUGACAGCUGCUGCAGUCCAGCCCUCACCUCACCGGGGUCGGCCUGCACCACUUCAGGAGUCCCCUCCCAGCCUCCGGCCUUUCCCCCCACACCCUACUCUGUACAGCAGUCAAACCAU